CUUUCCAUCAUGAUGAGGCUGGAGUGGAGAAGGCAAAAACGUUUCUGCUAUAAACACAAGAAGUAUUUAGCGGCACCGAAUGACGAAGUAGCCUAUGUGUCAACACCAUCAUCUUAAUUAAAGCAACAACAUUAUUGUUCAAUCAGCAGACAGAAAAAGUCUAUGCACAUAGUCCAAACUUGCACCUAACAUAAACUUGCCGGAAUUCUAUCUUGAAGUUUCUAUUUGGAAGAGAAAGGUUUUCGUUGUCAUAAAGGGCAACCCACGUGCUUAUUAGACAUUGGAUUUUCUUUCUUUUCUUCCUUGGCUUGUUUCAAUCUCCACAUAAGGGGAGAUAAGGGGCCACGAAUUUCAUAAAAGCUUGGGAGUUGUGAGAUCUUAUCUUUUUUAGAUGAUGUUUUUAUACCACUAGAAGGUUUCAGCUGAAAGAAGUAAACAAUGAUCACAAGACGAGUUUGGUUUGAUCUUGAAGAACAAAUAUGGUAGAAGAAUAUCGCAAGGAAAGAGGAAAGUCCAUAAUUUGUAUAUCGCAUGCACUGAGUUAAUGGAUGAAGUACCUGGCUCCUUGGGCACCAGUGCUAGCUUCAGUCUGAGAAUGGGCCAGACCAUGUUCUCAUCUGCUUCCCUUCUCUUCAUGUCUUUUGGGGUUGAAUUCUACAGCUACACAGCUUUCUGCUAUUUGGUGACAAUUAUGGGGUUGGUCAUUCCAUGGAGUUUCACAUUGGCACUAGUAGAUGGAUAUUCGGUUCUGCUCAAAUGCCCCAUUCGUCAACCAGGAAUUCUGUUGAUUAUUGUUGUGGGAGAUUGGGUACUAUCAACCCUCACACUAGCAGCAGCUAGCUCAACAGCUAGUGUUGUGGAUCUUCUGCUCAACACUCACGGCUCUUUUUGCCCUCCAAAGCUCUGCAGCAGGAGCAAAGUACACCUUGAGAAGUUGCAGUGAUAUACAGAACAAACAAACACAAUAAACAGUUAAAUUUGCGAAGUACAGCUUCAUCCUGAACUGAAACCAGAUCACAAAUAUGGUCUUUCUUCUUCAUUUACUUUUAUAAAAACACCUUUGUUGUUUCGGGGAAUGAUGCCAUCUAUAUUAAGUUCGAGAAAUUAUUAUGUGAUUGUCAACUACUAAAUGUUUAUGUCUCG